AAAAAUAAAGAUGAAGAUAAAGGACAAAGGGUUAAAUGUAAGCAAUUAUGGACACAGAGCCUCUAGGCUCUAGCUGGGCCAACCUUUUUAAGCUUUGCAAUUGAUGGUCACCACCUAUGUACUUACUCAGCUGAGUGCUUGAUAAAGCAUAAUCAAGAGCCACCGAAUCACAAACAUUUUCUGAGAGUUGAGAGAAAGAGAAAGUGAAGAAGAUGGAGAUGAAACCAACAGAGAUUGGCAGUUCGAAGAUGUUUGGAGGGUACAACAAGAGAUACAAGCAUUACAGUCCAACCCUUGGAUGUUCCAUGACUUUCUAUAUCUACCUCCCUCCUUCUCCUUCUCCUUCACACAAAUUCCCUAUACUUUACUGGCUCUCUGGACUGACUUGCACUGAUGAGAAUUUCAUAAUCAAGUCAGGAGCACAGCGUGCUGCUUCAGCUGAGGGUGUUGCUCUAAUUGCCCCUGAUACAUCCCCAAGAGGUCUGAAUGUGGAAGGAGAGGCAGACAGCUGGGAUUUUGGUGUAGGUGCUGGAUUUUAUCUUAAUGCUACACAAGAGAAGUGGAAGAAUUGGCGUAUGUACGAUUAUGUUGUCAAAGAAAUGCCAAAACUCCUGAGUGAAAAUUUCCCUCAACUUGAUACAUCAAAAGCAUCUAUUUCUGGUCAUUCUAUGGGUGGGCAUGGUGCUCUGACAGUCUAUCUGAAAAACCUUGAUAAGUAUAAGUCAGUGUCUGCUUUUGCACCCAUUGCCAAUCCUAUAAAUUGUCCCUGGGGUCAGAAGGCUUUCACAAACUAUCUUGGUAACGACAAAGCUGCUUGGGAGGAAUAUGAUGCCACUUUCCUGAUCUCAAAGUUUCAUGAUGUAUCUGCUACCAUUUUAAUUGAUCAGGGGGAGGAUGACAAAUUCUUACAUGAUCAACUUCUGGCGCACAAGUUUGAAGAGGCGUGUAGGAGUGUUAAUGCUCCAAUACUAUUGCGAUUGCAGCCUGGUUAUGAUCACUCCUACUUCUUCAUUUCCACCUUCAUUGACGAUCACAUAAGCCACCAUGCUCAAGCCCUUAGGCUCUAAAUUCGUGACGUAUUCUGCCCUUUGAAAAUCUAGUGAUUUGAAGCCCAUUUAAACAACGAUGGACUAUUUUCUUUCGUUCUUUUUCCAGGGUACAACUAUUUCCUUUUAAACUACAAAACUGGUCUUGUAUGCACUGUUGUGACUAACUACUUUCAUUUCGAAAAUAGUUUGCGUAAGUAGCAGUGCGUAUUAGUGGUUGCACCUGGUGAUGCUUAUAUGAUUUUGCCCUGAAAUUGUUUC